AGCGUGCCCUCAACGUUGCCUCCGUCUGUCGAGGAAGCCUACCGACGUAAAUGUGUCCAGCUGAAGAACCGCACAAACGAGGUCGAGGAUGCCAACGACGCCGCCAGGCUCCGGCUCGCCCGCAUAAAGCGCCAGGUUGAGAAGCUGAGGAUAGAAAGGGCCUUUCUGCUUGAGCAGCUGGCCAAGCGCACCAGCACGAAUGUCGAAGACUCCGAGGGCAGCCCCAGUCCGCCUCCUACGGCAACCUCCUUCGAUAUCCCCACUGAAUCGAAUGCUAACCCCCGAAAGCCCAAGGAUAAGCCUCUACGCAUUAAGAAAGGUCACCGGAAGUCCAACGCUCCAGCUGACGCCGAUGCAAAACAAAGCUCUGCAAAGGAGCCAACAUCCCCGGCGUCCGAGUCCAAUAGCCAGGCCAAACGUUCUCGCGCCAACGGCGUAGCCAAGUCCUCCAAAGAGCCCAAGACCGCCUUUGAACUCUACUGUGAGGAGGCUCGGCCGGCUCUGGAAGCCAAGGACAAGGAUGAUAAGGAUGAUAAGGAUGACAAGGAUGACAAGGAUGAUGCCGAUGUGAAUAUUGAUGAGGAGCUCAAGCGUGACUGGGAGGAGCUACCGGAAACGGAAAGGGAAGAAUACCAGGCCAAGGCGGACCAAUUGAGUAAAUCCCAAGAGGAAGACGACAAGGCCGCCGCUGAGGCUGAUGCCGAAAACGAGUCUCCCAAGAAGAGCAGCGUCAAGGCCGAGCCCGAGGCUGAAAAGCCAGAGGCUCACGACGACGAUGUCGAGAUGAGCAACUAUGACACUGAGGACCAGGAGACCCAG